CCCACUCCGACCAAAACCAUUGAACCACGACACCACGCGGUCUUUCAUCUCUCCCACCCAAUUGCCGCUACGGACUAUUCGCCCUUGACGAUGCCGCAGGAUAUGCCGCCUCAGGGCGGUUACGCCCCCGUCCAGUACAAGCGCAAUUUGCCGGUUCGCGGCUUCCGACCCGCCGCCUACGUCGUGGGCAUUGCUGCGCUGAUGACCUACGGCUUCUGGAGGGUAGGCCAGGGAAUCAAGGAACACAAUGAACUCGCGCGCGAGAAGAUGUGGGCUCGCAUAUACCUAACUCCCGCACUGCAAGCCGAGGAGGACCGCGACCAGGUGCGACGAUACCUGGCUGAUCAGGCGCGCGAAAAGGAGCUUCUAGGCACAGAGACAAAGGUGUACAACAGCGACAGGUUCGUUCGUCCUUGGUACGCUGUGACGCCGGAGAAGCCGUUGAAGUAAAGGAUAUAAAAUAUAAAUACUGGAAGGUUGCCAAUUGGAGCUAAGAAUAUAUGUGCCGCUGUAUAUACAAUGCGACGUCAUUCAAGUACGGCGACGUCGAUCAGCCAUUCGCCGGGUUUAAGGCAAGACAGGCGGGAAGAGCAGCUCGCGAUCGGACCUUGAUUGAUUGACAGAUUGGGUGAUUGUCUCACCCAGGGAAGCUCCAUGAAUAGAAGAAAUUAAUGAAAACCUUCUUACCUAUCCUAAACACCUCCAAUUUGUGGGCCAAACUCCCUCUCUUCAAUCUAUCCCGCAUGUUACACCCCGGGUUCCUAUGCAUAGACGCCAUUUCUUCAACCUUAGUCGAGCGGGAUGAUGCU